AGCCACGAAAUCCUGCCAAAUCAUCAACAACAGAAUCCUCAGCAUCCUCACCAUCAACAUCAUCAUCAGGGUUAUACCCAUAUGCCUUCCACAGCAAUAACAACAAUGCCAGUCUCAUCGUCGUCAAUAACACCGCCUUUAACAUCCUUGAACGAAGGACUUUAUACAACACCCAUUGUGACGUCAGACAGUUCAUCACAGUAUUGUAGCAGUUCAGAGGUAUCACUACUGAAUUGUAAUACCACAUCCCCAACAGCAACAACAACCAGUUCCAAUGAUACUAAUUCCAACUGCAGCUUAUCACCAAAUUCUUCAAAUUCCAGCAUUACAUCCGAUAAAAAAUCCACACCCUCAAUAGGUGUUAAUUUACGGGUAACUGGACAAUGUAGUCAAGGUGGUCGUAAAUAUAUGGAAGAUUACUUUUCGGUGGCAUAUCAACAAUCGGAAAAUGCCAAAGAUUUGGAAUAUGCAUUCAUUGGUAUCUAUGAUGGUCAUGGUGGUGCCGAGGCAGCUACAUUUGCCAAGGAACAUCUAAUGAUGGAAAUAAUAAAUCAACGACUGUUUUGGUCAGAUUCCGAUCAUGAUGUGCUGCGAGCCAUACGUGAAGGUUAUAUUGCAACACAUUACGCAAUGUGGAGGGAGCAAGACAAAUGGCCAAAAACUGCCAAUGGUUUGCCCAGUACAGCUGGUACAACAGCCACAAUAGCCUUUAUACGGCGUGAAAAAAUCUACAUAGGACAUGUGGGAGAUUCUGGCAUUGUAUUGGGCUAUCAAAAUGAGAAUGAAAAUUUCUGGCGGGCCAAACAGCUGACGGUUGAUCAUAAACCAGAAUCGCUGGAAGAACGAACAAGAAUAAUGAAAUCUGGCGGCAAGGUUGUGGUCAAAUCAGGUGUACCACGAGUUGUAUGGAAUCGUCCAAGAAAUGCAAGCCAUCGUGGUCCCAUCAAACACAAAACUCCAGUCGAUGAAAUACCCUUUCUGGCUGUGGCCCGUAGUUUAGGUGAUUUAUGGAGUUACAAUUCCGAACGCAAUGAAUUUGUCGUCAGCCCCGAUCCCGAUGUUAAAGUUAUACCCAUAGAUCCCAAAACGUUUCGUUGUCUAAUCUUUGGCACAGAUGGCCUUUGGAAUGUGGUUACACCCCAGGAGGCAGUUAAUACUGUACGAGAAAAAGAAGUAAUUAAUGAACGGCUACAGGCCCACCGUGGAGAUUGUCCCAACGAGGGACAACAAUGGACAAAUCCCAGCAAAUCGUUAGUCGAUCAGGCGCUGUCGAUGUGGUCGUCGAAAAAAAUGCGAGCCGACAAUACCUCUGUCGUAACUGUGAUACUGUAUCCACCGGGUCAAGGUGGUCACAAUGCAACAAAUCAAAUACACAAAGAUGUGGGUAGUGCAAUAACAACACCACCAGCCUUUAUACAACCAGCCAGCUAUGGUCUCGAGUAUACCCAAGUGCAAGCGGAAAUUCCCACAUACGAUGAUGCCACCACCUACAAAGAGAUGGCAAUGAAAUAUUUACCACCCGAGGAGUAUCGUAAUUUCGAUUACUAUGCCGACGAUUCGGAUCAUGGCGAGGAUACCGAUGAAAGUGAUAGUGAGGAAACGGCAGAAACACGUACAAAAUCGCUGAUGCAAAAUGGUGUUGUUACACACAACAAUUAUCACCUGCAGCAGACAAAUGCUUGGAAUUGGCAGCAACAUUCAAAUCAAGUUAAUACCCAUCAUCCUCAUCAUGUGUCCGAAGAGGAACCUGGCUAUGUGGAAGAUGGUGAAGAAGAAGAUGAUGAUGAAAUAGACGAAGAUGAGGAUGACGAAGAGGAGGAGGAAGAAGACGAAGUCGCUAACACUGUAAAUAAUGCCACCUCUAGUCACAGUGUUGAGAGUGAAACACGCGAGGUUUGUGUUAUAGAUUAUCAAAACUAUCUACAAAUUGGUUCCGAGGAGGCAAAUAGUGGUGCUGCAUCAUACAUUAACACCUUUGCAGAGUCAUACAAUACCCUGUUAUCCACGGCCCAAGUAAUCGAAGACAGUGUACCUUCCACCACAGUGGCAUCUCUAAUAACACCAACAAAUUCCAAUUCAAACUCCAGUUCAAAUUCCUCGAAUUGCCAAAGUGUUUCACCGCCAAAUAUGCACGCCAUCAUCGAGGAGCAGCAGUUGUAUCAACAGCAGUGUAUGUCGGGAGAGGAUGGUUAUUCUCUGACAAAAUUGGAAACCAGAAGGGAACAACAGUCGUGUAAAUCUCAAAGUUCAGCGGUAGAUACAUUUAAAAUAUUCCAUCACACAAACGGUGAUCAGCAGCAUUCGCGUCCAGAUAUGCAGAAUAUGGCGGUGUAUAGCACGAGCUCAACGACAACAGCAACCACAACGGAAAGUUAUUAUGAACAUAGUCAUCUGCAUCCGACAGCGGAGUAUAUGCCUCAGAAACCGUUGGAAUUACACUCGUUACUACAACAAGAACGGGAGGAAGAACAGCAAGUGGCAUAUGAAAGACUGCAGCAACAACAACAACUGCAAAAUAUUAAUUCCUAUGCCUGCCUGCAAGCGAUACGUCACAAUGAUGAUGCAUCACCCAGCACUUCUGCCUCGGUUUAUGUUGCCAAUCAGCAGCAGCAGGAACCUAUCACAUUGCCCACAAUUAUGGAGGAGAAGGCGAUGGACGUUGUAAUGAAUUCCACAGAUGAUCUGAUAGAAGAAGUGGAUGAUAGUGUUACAAUUACGGUGGAACCUUGUGUACAAAUCAAUGAAAUCUCAUCCUCUUCCUCCACAAUGGAAGAUAUUAUUGAGGAGGAGGCGGAGGUGGUAGAGGCCAUGGUAGAUGAGGAAUGUGUGGAAACAACAUGUAGUAAAACUCCCGCCGUUAUCGAGACAAUAGAAAAAAUAGAAAUUCUACAGGAAGAUGAUUCAAUGUAUGAUGUGUGUAGAAGGCGGAGAUUAUCAAAUCAAGUGGCAGAAGAAGAAAAGGCUCCACUGAAGGUGGCGUCUCCUGAGAAAAGACAAUGUUUGAGUGUAAGCAAAACAAACACAUCCUGCCUGAAUACAACAUCAACGCCUGUUGCGGCGAAUAAGAAUGGCCUGCGGACAGGACGUGCCUUUGCUUAUGGCUCCUCAAAUGUACAAAAUGAAAAUGUGGAACGGAUAUCAUCGAGAGGUCGGAGCAAACAUGCCUUCUUCAACUCCCACAACCAGAGGAGAAGUCUAAGUAUGACCCCGGCUACGAGUAGCAGUUCUAAAACCUCCUCGUCUCUGCUAAUGACACCUCCAACAGCUGCUUCCACGCCCAUAAUGAGGCAGUUGCGUAGCAAUAGCAGUAACACACCCAUAGAUUAUGGUAAACGUACCCUGCGGACAAGGAAUUCAUUAACCAAAGAUAUGAAAGCCAAAUCAACAAUGGUACAGUCAGCCUUAAAAUUGCCCCACAAUACAAGGAAAUUUUUGCAACGAAAUGGAGCUGGAGCCCUGAUUGUAAGCAAUGCUGUUCUAAUCCAGGAUCAGCACUUAACACCGACACAACGUAGAUCUCUUAAUGGUAAUGGCAGCACAUGUAGUGGUACCGUCAAUCGCAGUAUUAAAACCCGUAAUAAUAGUACAAUGAGUCCCAUGCCGCCUGCUCAGCAGACGCCACAUCAUCUCAAUUUAAGAUCUCGACAAAAUUUGGUGACGCCCACAUCAGCAGUGACGGCGGCAAUACCGAAUAUUAUUCACCUCAAUAAUAAUUCCUCAAUAGACAGCUUGGUGGGUUCACCGCCACCCCCGAUUUCAGCAUCUACUCCUGUGAUAAAACGUGCCUCAUCCUCCCUCAGUGAUCGUCGUAAUAAUCUGCGCAGCAUACACACACGUAGUUCGUCACGUAUUGGUCCUGCCGUGCAAGCCACCAACUUCAGUAAAACCACCAGAUCACAAAGUACGGGUACAAGUUUGGCGGCACCACCUCCCUCACCGAAAAUGAUAAAUGCCGCAGCAGCAGUUGCAGCGGCGACAAGAGCACGUUCGUUAAUUUCACAACAACGGGCUGCCCAGGCAAAUGGUACGCAAUCUGUGGUAUCGGCGGUAUUUGGUAAACGUGUAAAUUUGCGUAGCAAUGGUGUACUGACAUCGUCGUCAUCACCGGCAGCGGGAACGACGACGACGGGGACACCAUCAGUGGCGGUAUUGGCAACGCCGCCACCUCCUUCUACCCAUCAAACGUUAAGAGGUAGAAUAGUAAAGAAAUUGAAACGUUAA